UAAUAGGAAACAAUAACAAAYAAAACAAUAAAUAAAAUAAAAUCKGAGGUAGGAGCUGACRCAUUKUUUACAUAAAUGAGCCUGCACACUAAACCUGCUUGGCCAUGUCUGUCACUUCACUUACUAUUAAUAAACCCAAACUGCUGACCAGUCRGUGUGUUGCAGCAGAAGUGGGUCAGGACACUUGUUGUGACAUGGCCUGCAGGGUGGAGCUGAGCUGAAGCCACUAAACAAAACAGGACAUGGACAAUGAAUCUACUUUWCAUGUGAAGGACCCAGAGCCUGACCUCAUCCCUGAUACCACCCUGUGGGUAGAAGGAGAGAGUUUUUAUGUCAGCCGUCAGCACUUGGCCCAUCAGAGUCCAUACUUCAGGGCUCUCUUCUUUGGCUGUGGUGUGGAAAGCAACAAAAGGCAGGUAGAAAUCAAAGGUGUGGUUCUGCAACACUUCAAAGUGUUGAUGGAAUACAGCAUGACAAAAAGCCUGGCUUUGGAUAGAGAGAACGUUCUGGGGAUCCUCGAGACUGCAGACUUUUUACAGCUGGAGCAAGCUAAACUUCUGUGCUGCAAGUUUUUGGAGCGUGAGCUGCACCUCAGCAACUGUUUGGAGAUGAUGGCCUACGCCUGGCAGCUCGGCUGCACCCAGUUACACACAGCAGCGCGACAGGUGGCACUCACACAUUUCCAAGCAAUCUCCGCUCUGGAGGAUUUCUUGUAUCUUUCCAAAGAGUCUUUAGCGAAUCUACUUGCCAGCGAUGACCUGGCCCUCUUCAAAGAUGACCUGGUCUUGGAGGCCACCCUACGAUGGGUGUCAUUCGACCCUAAAAGAGAAGAAAACUUCCUGGAACUCGUUGAGCUGGUGAGGCCCGAGUCUCUCUCUUUACCAUUUAUUACUCAACUCUUGACCAGAAUGAAAAGCUCUGACCCCAGAGCCAGGCUCAUCAGCAAGCUCAACGAACAUUUCCCAGCAUCUUGGUCGGUGGGACGUUCGACGAGGAGGAUCACGGAGACGCUCUACGUCCUGGGUGGGCCUCAUGAUCGAGAGGAACAGGCCCUGUUUCAGUUUCACCCRCAGAGUGGACGGUGGCAGAGCUGUGCACCUCUGCAGAGGAAGAACCUAACUCAGUACUCUGUSGCUGCAGUGGGUGACAGUGUGGUUGUAACAGGGGGCUACUUCCGGGACGUGCUAUGGUUCAGUGUGGACUGGGUCAGGAUUUAUGAAUGUGGGAACGAGCGCUGGUUGGACGGGCCGGCCCUGCAGAAGUCCAGACACAGCCACUGCUCCAUCGGGUUGGAUUCGGCUCUAUACGUCCUGGGYGGCAGUAUGGAUGAAAGCCUUGUGGCUGAUGUGGAGAGGCUGGAUCUGGGGUCAGAGGACGGUUGGGAGGGACUGAGCCCCAUGGUCAGGGCAGUGGAACGAGCUGCCACCGCUGCUGUGGGAAGGUGUAUCUAUGUAGCAUGUGGUCUGGAUGAAAACGGAGAUGUAUAUCCUGGAAUUCAGAGGUACGUGGUGAAGAAGGAUCAGUGGGAUGUGGUCUCCUAUUCUCCAUUUCCACGCUAUGACCUGGUUGCCACUGAGCUCAACGGUGCUCUCUACCUGUUUGGAGGCCAAGCGCUCCGUUUUGACAUAGAGACAGACGAGUGGACUCUGCUAGAAGAAGAAACUCUAGAGAGAAAGUUCUUCUGUGGCUGCACCACAGCYGGAGGUCAGAUCUACCUGGUCUGUGAGAGGAGGAGCAACAAAGCAUUCCCAAACAUGUUGCUCCUGGACCCUUACAUAGACACAUGCAUAGAGGUAGAUGUUACCAUUCCCUGCCCUGUUCCCCUCAGAGGAUGUGUCACCAUGAGAAUGGUCACAUAAAUUCCUGA